AUGGGCGACUACUACCAACACUUCCUGUCCUCCAUGUCAGGGGCAGGACUCCACCAAACCCAGGGUAUGCAGAAUAUACCUCCAGGUCAGCCAUAUCAAGGAAUGCCACUGUCUAUGAGCACUUCGCCUGUGAGUGAGACUCAGAGCCCUGGAUUGUUCACUGGGAACGUUUUCACAGCCGUAUACGACGCAUCAAAGCCGAAAAACCGCAAGAAAUCUACUGGGGUGGCCCCCGCGGCGGACUCGGUUAAACACCGAAGGACGCGGUCUGGUUGCUACACAUGUCGAAGCCGGCGCGUCAAGUGUGACGAGAAGAGACCUAUAUGCGACCGUUGCCAAAAAGGAAGUCGGGAAUGUGUGUAUCCUGAUCCACCACCAUCGAAGGGAAGUGGCGGGCAGCCUUCCCGAAAGAGCUCAUCGGCCUCAACAACACCAGCCAGCCCCUUAUCCUCAACUGGGGAAGGAGACGAAGACACGGAACCCAAGUCCAAGUUAGAGACAAUCUACGACGAAGAUGAAUCCACUGAGCCAUGGCUUCCGAGCUCUACGCAGACGAUGCGGAGCCGCCAGGACUCUGAGACGCCAUCACAGGACGACAACAAGAGUGUUUCUCCAGCAGCAUCCAGUACUUUUCUCAGCACGCCUCUGCAGCCCGUUGAUCCUUCGUUGACAAAUGAGGGUCGACCUGAUUGGAGCUCCCUCCCUCCUGAUUUUCAAUAUUAUCUCAGUUGGUUCGAUAAAAACGUGACGUAUUUCCAUUACGGGGUGAACAACGACGUCGAAGAUUUCUUCAAGACAACUCUUCCGGUACUGGCAGCGCAAAACGAGGCCCUUCUCAACGCGCUCGUAGGAUUUGCCGCGUACCAGGCAACUUUACAAGAUCCGAAUGGCAAGCUGCAGGAUUUUCUCAGAUAUUACAACAGAAGCGUGACGCUCCUCUUAACAUCUUUCAGACGAAAGGAAAAGGGUAAUGUUGCCCUUUUGGUGACAAUUCUUCAGCUUGGGAGUAUAGAGGAGUAUUUGGGCGAUUGGGUCAAUCUCAUGGGUCAUCAAAAAGCUGCUUUUGAAGUUUUCUCCAGCUUGUAUACGCCGCAAACUGCGAUCCAAACAGCGAUUGGAAGAACUUGUCUUAAUUGGAUUGCUAGGUUCGACAUCUUUGUGGCGAUUAUGGGUGGAUUUCCGGCAAUGUUACCGCGGGAGUAUCUGGAAGAGUUGGUGAAUUUCUAUUCAGCUCGAGUUGCCGCGGAGCCAGACGAACUGAGUUGGAAAGUGGCAGGUCGGUUGGCCGAGACUCGAAAAUUUGGAUGGGAUAUGGCGUUGCUUUACGCUCGAGGUGCCCGGGGGCAGAUCUCAGCGUCAGCAUUUCAACAGGAACAUGAGCGACUGACCGUCGAGCUGACAGAGUGGAGAGCGAACUGGGAUUCAAGUCUCACUGACCCGAAGUACCUCGUAACAGACUUCGGCAACCAACAGCCAGACCCGACCGAUAUUGUCAACCCGUACGAACCUGGAACCUUGUACAAUUUCCCGAUAUUUACUACCACAGUGGCCGAUACGGAAUGGCAUUCCAUGAUGAUCAUGCACAAGUCGCAAUCGUCGAAAAUCGGUUCUGAACCCCUCAUGAAAAACUUGUAUGAACAUUCGCUCGCGCUGUGUCGAAACUACGAGACAAUCGAGUUUUGGCCCCAUUCUCCCAACGGGGUGAUCACGCUUUUGCAGCCACAUAUUCAGCUUGGCGCUUUGUUUCUUCCGCAGGACUCGCGCCAUCGGAUGUGGGCGAGGCGGAAGUUCGCAUUUUCAGAACAAAUGGGCCAUAUAAUGUCAUUCUCGCUAAGGCAGAAAGUAGCAAGGAUUUUCCAGGAACCCUCGUGCGCGCGUUGGUGGAUGCCCAAUGACGAAGGUUUCACCCCUGUUCUUCAGCGUAUCCGCGAGUUUGCCGAUGAGAGAAAUGCAGUUGCUGUGACGGCCCAGCAGGAGAGUGUCCGAGAGGUACGACAUAUAUUCGAAAAGUUGGAUAUGAGCGACGACGGAAGCUCGGCUGGGAGCAGAAGAGGAAGCACUUGA